AUGUCGUGUCUCCCCGAUCCAACAGUACUCACCCAGCUUCACGUGGAUAACCCUCCAAGAUACUCCCAAGCACAGCUCAAAGACUACCUGAAAGUCAUCAAGCUUCCUCAGAGAUUCCUCGACUCACCGGUGCUAAAGGACUCGAGCCUUGCCCACACUAAGGAACACGGUCUGCCCCUCCUCAAAGCCAUUACCCGUUACCACGCAUGCAAUGUACCCUUUGAAAACCUUGAGCUCCACUACUCAGCACACAAGACCAUCACGCUUGACCCUGUUGAGCUCUUCGAAAAGAUAGUCACCCGUCGCCGUGGUGGUCGUUGUAUGGAGAACAACACCUUUCUUGGUACUGUUUUUCGCUCAUUUGGUUAUGAGGUUCGCGAUUGCGGCGGCCGUGUGGCGCGUGCCAUGAGUCCUUAUCCGGAUGUUAGGAAAAACCAGGCAUAUACUUACGAUGGCUGGAACCAUAUGCUCAACCUCGUCCACUUCGAGGAUGAGUGGUAUGUUGUCGAUGUAGGAAUGGGCUCAAUGGGUCCCAACUUUCCUUUUCCUCUGCGUCAUGGUUUCGAGACGACGAGCAUCGCUCCUCGAAAGAUCCGUCUUCAGCGCCGUGCCAUUGCCGAGUCCCACGCAAGCAACCCCACCAAAGGAACAGAGCUGUGGUGUUACGAUGUCUGCCUCAAGCCUACUGAGGACGGAACGGAAGUGUGGACGCCUACUUACGCCUUUACUGAGACCGAGUUUCUACCCCAAGACUACGAAGUCAUGUCGUGGUUUACUUCUACGAACCCGCGCUCUUUCUUCACAAGAUAUGUCACCUGCACCAAGAUGAUCCAGGAUGAGGAGAAGGAAGAGAUUAUCGGAAAUCUCACCUUGUUCAAGGAUACGAUCAGAGAGACGAUUGGCAGCCAACGUAAGGUUGUCAGGGAGUGUAAGACGGAAGAGGAGAGAAUCCAAGCGUUGGUUGAGAUUUUCGAUGUUAACUUGACAGAGGAGGAGAAGAAUGGACUUCCUGAGGAGAGAAGACUGGCUUGA